UCAGGAAGUGUUGGGUCACUCUGUCGCUGUUUGUGCAGACUGCUGUUUCUGCUGUGCUCUAUCUUCAUAUACACCACAUCAGGGUGGACGACUUAUCUCUCUGCCCCCCUGGACUAACACAUGGACACGAGCACAUUCGGACAGCAUGGGCUCCAGACUGAAACAAAACCCUGAGCAAACCUUCUACUGGUUCUUUGAAGCAACUUGUCCUGUCGCCAGAGACAAAGAUCCUGAUGUGCUGUUUCAGUUUCCAGAUGACUUCAGCGAUGAGGAGUCCUUUCAGACAUUACCUAGAUUCUGCUUCCCAUAUGACAUACAGAGAGUGAGGGCUGGGGUGGCCGUGCAGCACUUCACUUUCGUUCUCACUGACCUUGAGGGAUGCCAACGCUUCGGCUUCUGUCGUCUCGCCAACAGCAUGCACACCUGCCUUUGCAUACUCAGUUACCUCCCCUGGUUUGAAGUGUUUUACAAACUUCUCAACAGCUUGGCUGAUUACAUGACAAAGGGACAGACCAAUGAGAUGAAGGCGCUGCUGGCUGCUCUCUACCAGCAGCCCGUACCACUGGCAGCUGGAUCCGUCACUCUGCAGAUGGGAGAGCAGCUAUUGGUCAGCACAGGGGUGUCCCAUCCUGUCGGACACCCGGAGGGUCAAGAGGGGGUUCCAUACUUUAUUGCUCCAGACCCCAGAAGUCUCCCUUCCAUCCCUGAAAAUAGGAACUUAACAGAGCUGAUUGUGGCAGUAGAUGUGGGGAACCUGCUCCAGAUCUACGCCAGCAUGCUGUUUGAGAGACGCAUUCUGAUCUUUGCCAGCAAACUCAGCACUCUGACAUCUUGUGUGCACGCAUUCAGCACUGUGUUAUACCCCAUGUACUGGCAACACAUCUUCAUACCUAUCCUGCCGCCUCACCUACUGGACUACUGCUGUGCACCUAUGCCUUACCUAAUAGGGGUCCACACCAGUCUAGCUGAGAAGGUGAGGAGUCGAGGGUUGGAAGAAGUUGUCAUUCUAAAUGUGGACACAAACACUCUAGAGACGCCCUUUGACGACCUUAAGAGGAUACCUUCAGAUGUGAUGUCUGGGCUGAAGCUGUGUUUGAAGCGUCAGGCUGUGUCUCCAGGCUGCGGGGUCUCUCUGGCCUUCCUGAAAGCGCAGGCUCUGCUGUUCGGAGGCUACAGGGACGCACUGCAGACUCACGAGGAAGGUGAAAUAUGUUUCAGCGAGAAGAUGUUUCUAGAUCACAAAUCUCACAGCAUGAGGCAGUUCCUGCAGAGUGCUGUUCACUUACAGCUCUUCAAAGAGUUCAUAGACGGCCGCUUGGAUAUUCUCAACAAGGGAAAGGAACCAGAUGACCUCUUUGAGGAAGAGAUCCUAAAGUGUGAAGCAACAGCUGGAACAAGCAAAUCGUAUCAGCAGUUAGUUGGUAAUUUAAAGAAAGGAGGAGGAGCGUUAAUCCUCAACAUGAAGUCCAAAGCACACAUGAGGGCCAAAGGUCUCGCCAAGUCUGGUCUGAAAAACCUGCUGCUGCACAAGGCCCACAAUGAAGAACACACCCUGCAGAGAGGAGGAUCAGUGGCACACCGCCGUGCCCAAUCUGACUGCCUGCAGGAUCGCCUGCCGAUCACACAGCACUUUGGGAAGCCACGUCCCCGUCGGCCCUUGCUCAGAUUCAGGUCCCCCAGAGACCAGGACAACAUGAAGGACACAGGAGAUACAUGGGAUGGAGCUGUGUCCGAGCCUGUGGUUGAGCCUGACUCUGAGCUCCAGAAGGAUGAAGACGAGGGGGAAGAUACGCUGCUGUGUGACCCGGAGGAGAUGGAUCUGCUCGGGGAGAUUUUUGACACCCUCAGCUCCCGCAGCUACAAUGACCGCGGCUUGCUGUAUGGCACCCGGAGCCUGGAUCUGUUCGGGCCAGACACUCAUGAUUAUAUCACAAAGUUUGGUCGAGUCAACCCCAGCCAGGAGAGCUUGUGUCUGUCCAUCAGCGGCAGUGGCAGCCUGCACAGCUGGAAUCUGGAAACCACAGAAGAGCUGUCAGACGUGACGGGGGACUCUGACUGGCCGAACCUAGACAUUGGGGUACCAGAGGACGAGGAGUCAGAGAGUCUUCUGGCAAGAUGUGAAAAAGUGGAAAAUAAUAGCGGACAGAGGGAGGAUGGAGAGAAACAGGAAGAAGUAAAGGUCGUGAUAAAUGGGAACCCAGGAGGAGAAAAAGAAAACACGUAUACAUUUAAGGAAGUGAAGUUUGAGGAGAAGAGAAAGAAAGAAGGUGAGGAAAUGAGAGAGAGCCUAGGAGAGGAACCAGUGAAAGACAAGCGAGAGGAUGAAGGGUUAACAGAAAAGAGGGAGGAUGAGAGAAAUCGAAGUGACGAGGUAACUGAAGGACACAGAGAAACAGAUCAAAUACAAAAAGGUAUAGCAACAGAAGAGAGAAAUGAGAACCAGGACGACAAAGAAAAAGAGGUAACAAGAUCUUUAAACACACUUAUAAAACUGAAUCUCCAUGAUUGCAACACGGUAGAGGAGCAGCAAGGACAACAGGAGAGAGCCAAUCCAGAGAGCACAGCUUCUCCUGGGCCUCAGAGCCUCGCCGCUGACCCUCAACGUCCAGCAGGCCAGAACAAAAGUUGUGAAGAAGCAGUGAAUAAAUCCGAGCGAGAGUUAAGACAAAUCCCCUCUACGCCGAAAGUGCUGUCUGCUGUAGAACGCUUCCAGAGUCAAGGAUCCAGCCAGAGCUUUCAGGUGAGGUCCAGCACCAAGGGCUCGGAUGAACCUGGGAGACCGGGCAAUGUGUUGUGGAGCAAGGAGAACACACAAACCCACCAUGUCCUGCCACGUCACUCAUCAGAGGAGAACGACUGCCCGGAGGUGCAUAAGGAGGAAGACUCCCCUCUCAUCAAAGUGUCUGAACUUAAGAAGAGAUUUGAAGCUUAAAGGACAACGCUGAUUUGUUGUUGGUGUUGACAAGUCAUCUGGUUUCCCUGGUUGUUGCUAUUGAAGAUGUAAUUCAGAAUUGCCACCCUGCUUCCAACAACCAGAGCAGUUUCAAUCUACAUUACUUAAUUUUUUCUAGACUCAUGAGGUCAAAAUUUGAAGAAAUUCCCUAAAGGCAGACUUCAUGUUCAUUCACCUUUGACCUUAAGGGUCUUUCAAAAAAGAACAGUCAAGCACUUCUUUAGCUAAAACAAAACUAGAGUAAACAGUUCAUUUAUUGACGUCUAUUUUCAGCUGCAGUUACAUUAUGUGAUCGAGUCAAAAUAAACUACAGCACCGUGUGGCUCAGGUCAACAAACUCAUUCUUGAGGACACAAACUGGUUGUCAAGUGAUAAAUAGUGAGAAUAUUUUUUUGUUUAUUUGAAUCUUGUUUACUUGAUGGAAGGACUGGAAGCACGGCUGCAAACAAGAACUAAAUGAAUGUCUUAACAGUGAGGACAGAUUGGUUUACAUAUCAGCUACAGCUACUAUGAGGGAUAAUUUUUCAGAUACACGGGUAUGUGAGUAUUCUACAACCACGUGUGUGUGUGAGAAAGUCUCCAUGAGCUAAUGCCCAGAGAAAACGGACAAAUGCUGAAUUACCUCAUGUUUGGUAACUUGUACAGAAUAAAGUUAACAUUUUGAACAA